GUUGUAACUGCUGUUAAGAUCAAGUACUAAAAAUGUUGAAUAGUUAAAAACUGGAAUAGUAAUUCAUCCUCAUCCUGAAAGUACCGAAAGAAUGAUGGAAGACGCAGGUCCUUUAUUAGCUGACCACGAAGACGGUCACGACUAUGCUAAUGAGCAAGGGGUCUACCCUCUCACACCCGACGCGAAACGCACAUCGACUACAACAACCACCUGCUCAUUCUCACCGCCUGACGAUCAUGACAAGGACAUCAAUGACCACAAGGGAGCGCGAGGACAUUAUGCGAGAACCACUACAAGGUCGUCGACAAGUGCAGCUUCUGCUUCGUUUAGUGGAGGGAAACUAUCAUCAGAAGGUGGCGAUUUGACAGAUGACGAUUUGGGCACUAGCUCCAAAGGGGGUCGUCUCAAUGCUAGAGGCCAUUAUAACGGAGACGAACAAGAAGGAUCUUUGUCUUCGAAAAAUUCAUUUAGAACCACGACUACAGGAGGACGAGAGGUGGACACGACCUGUUCACUUGAUAUAGAAGGUGAAGCAGGCAGUAACAUUUGGGCAAGCGACUGGCAUGGUAAGCGGUUUGAACGAGAGAGAAGACAAGCAGCCUCAGCACAGAAAAAGACCUUGACGUGCUUGGAGCUGCUUUCACCGGACAAUUUUAUGGGCAUCCACAUAUUACAUUCCCCAGUAACUACAUCCUUGACAACUUUUCAAGUAGAAGUAAAGAAGCCACAGUCCUCUAAGAAUUACAAGCGCACACUCACAUUCUGUGCGGUACUGUUUGGAGGGUAUUUCGCAGCCCGAAACUUUGGCGGACCAGAUUGCCAAGCAGCGAAACGGAAGGGGUUGUUUGUACUAAGUACUCAAAAUGUAGGUUUGGUCUAUUUGCUCCAUAGAAAGAUGUUUCAUCCUCGUGGAUACAGACUCAACUCAGACGCAGAAGAGGUAGCAAAGAAAUUUACCCGAACUACUAGCCAUAUUCGAGAUCCUGGCAAUGCCUUGCUCAUUCAUAACACAAAAAUUUCCGAUUUACUCAAAAUUCCGUCACCGAUUUACGCAAGAAAAGAGAAAUACUUAAGAGCACUCAACACUUCAGCAUACGCUUUCCGAUUUGCGUCAAUUGACGUUCAUAUCGUUUUUGAUAGCGCACUUCGUCCACAUUCCCGGUGCCCAAGCACGGUUCGACUACCUCUUCCGCUUUUCACGCGGUAAACCAAGAGGCGUCGUUUUCGUUACUAUCAUGCUUUUCUUUAGCCUCGAUGUGCCGCAGGUGUUGGACUCUCUACUUGCCUAUCUUCCCUUUUGGAAUUCCUGUGGACUGGAUCAGCUUGCAGCAGGAGUCCUCCAAAUAGUCUUCGGUCUCCUCGUUCUCUGGCACCUGAUGUGGGUUGCUAGGGAGACCUCAUCUUCUUCAACUUCAUCUUUAUCCUCCAUAUUAAGCUUAAGCACCACCACAGACACAGAGACGGCAGCAUCAUCUGCAGAUGAGAUGAGUGCAUUGGCGAGGACAAGGUCAUCGCCUUUUCGAAAUCAUUCUCCCGGAGGUGACCACGACAGGGAAGACCAACAGCCGAUGUUGGCAUUAGUAUCAACAACAAACAACAUGGCAGUAGAUGUUGACAAGAUGGACUUCAUACGAACAUCUCCUUCAUCGCGGCCUAAUGGUACAACAUCAACACCUUCUUCACAAGCAAGUAAUAGAUGUAGGUCAAGAAAUACCACUAGCAGUACAUCCAACUACAUCAGUACCUUGCCGAUCGACGUCCCAACCACUUUCCUCGCAUACUUGAGUUGGAAGGUGUUGUUCGUGCUGUUGGUUUUGUUACCGUAUACGAAUUGGCGAGAGGGGCUGGGAUUUUUGCUUGCCAUAUUUAAGGCUAGUUUAUCACUAUGACUAUCCCAUGUCUGUCUCUCUGUGGACAUCUAUGCUGAGAAGUGUGGGUGGAGCCUCAUCCUCUGAUUUCCUAAACUACCUUUAACCUAUUCGGCGAGUUCAAUCAUCCAGUGAGUGUUCUGACGCUGGCAACCGGGUCAGGUCUUCUCACACGAGGAUUGGCGUGCGAGGUGGGUGGACAUUUGCUGUACUGA